CCCUUAGGUCAAACUAUUUGCUUUAUGGUUUUUCUUUAAUGAAAGAUGAUUAGUUAUUACACUCUUAAAUGAAAACUACUGUUUUUUAUUUCAAAUUUUUCUUACUUUGUUUUGAUAGCAGGGAUUAUAUGACAUUCCUUUAUGAUCUCUUUUCCUGGCAUAGGACAGCACCAGAUGUCUAUCUCGUGAGACUUCCUAAAGUAAUAGAAACUACUGCUUUAAUUAAAAAGAGAAGAAGGCCCCAGUUGGUGUGGGCAGAGUCAUGGACUUUAGCAUGGACUCUUCAAGUGGCAUCAGUUCAUCACUUGUAAGAAUGCUUUUAUUCAUUUACCUACUGAAGGACAUCUUGGUUACCUCCAAGUUUGGCAGUUACGACUAAAGCUGUUAUAAACAUCUAUGAGCAGCAUCUUGUGUGGAUAUAAGUUUUCAGUUCAUCUGGGUAAAUACGGAGUGCAGUUGCUGGACUGUAUGAUAACAGACAGGAGAGUGUCCAGAAGACAUGCCGUUCUUGAGGUGGUAGGCAGUCAGCUUCGAAUCAAACCGAUACACACAAGUCCAUGUUUUUAUCAGUCUUCUGAGAAAAGCCAGCUCUUACCAUUGAAGACAAAUCUAUGGCACUGGUUGAAUCCCGGAGAUAGUUUUUCUUUGUUAGUCGACAAACACAUUUUCCGUGUUUUCUCAACAUACUCUGAAACACAAUUGGAAUGUACUUUAAGAAAUAGUCAAAUGCUUGAUGAAGAUAAUACUUUGAAUGAAACAUCAGAAUCAUCUGUGGUUAAUUUGCCUGAUGAGACAACUGGGGCUCCACAGUUGGAAAAAGGCACAGAAACAGUGAUGACCCAGACUUCUGCCACAGAUAGUGUGUCUUUCCUAGGUGAAUGUUCAGCCUUCAGUAAGCAGCAGUUAAACCCUGCACAGAGGAAAAGAAUUCUUCCGGCAUGGAUGUUAACAGAUCUAGGUGAUCAAAACCUUUCAGCAUCUGUUAUCAGUGGAAAUAAUGUAAUCCAGGAAAGUCGAAGAGAAGGAAUCUGCAAAGAUAAAACCCAAGUAACACUAACACAGCAAGGAAGAAAGCGAUUGGUUUCACCUGGAAGCUCAGAAAGUACAUCAGCAGAGCAAGACACAGGAAAAAAAUGCAAAAAUGCUGAUCAGGAAGAGUCUAUCAUUUCAUCCAAGGAAAUGCCACAAUCAGUUUCUGCAAUCACAUUACGAAGCACAGAUGUGAAUAAUAUGAAGCCUAAUGCACUGAGAAACGAAAUCUCAACAGAGGAACUUGGUAAGGUUUCCCAAUAUAAAAUCAUCACUAAAGGAACACUAAAUAAAGAAGAGGCAGUGAGCUGCUCUGAGAGUUGUUCUAGUGCCCAAGGCGAGUCCUCCCACAGUGAGUCUCAAGGAUCUCAUCCUGGGUCCAGCUCUGAUCCUUCCAACUCUGAAACUUUGCAUACAAGGGCAGCUGAUUCAGUUCUACAAGGUUCUGAAGAAAACAAAGUCAAGAGGACAUCCUGCAUGUAUGGGGCAAACUGCUACAGGAAGAAUCCUGUCCAUUUUCAACAUUUCAGUCACCCUGGUGAUAGUGAUUAUGGAGAUGUACAGGUCAUGUGUCAAGAUGAGGCUGAUGACCGGCCUGAAUGUCCUUAUGGAGAAUCUUGUUACAGGAAGAAUCCUCAGCACAAAGUAGAAUAUAAACAUACUACACGCCCAGUGGGAAGCACUGCAGGUGACGAUGGCGGGCCACCCGAUGAGCGCGACCCGGACGACAGCUCUGUAGCUGAUGAGGAAGAGUAUGAGCCCACAGAUGAGGACUCUGACUGGGACCCCGGCAAGGAGGGCCAAGAGAAGGAAGACGUGGAAGAGCUUUUGAAAGAAGCGAAAACGUUUAUGAAAAGAAAAAAGUAACUUUUUCUGCAGUAAUACAAGGCUCACACUCUUUCUUUAUGGAAAAAUAUUCAGGAACUAAGGAGGCACUUAAGCAAUAAUUGUUUUCCUUUCCAUAGUUAUGACUUUACUAUUGACUCUUUGCAAAGGAAACAUGGAAAUGUCAGCCUUCAGUGGAGUGGAUGGAAUUUGGUUUGUUGCUUUGCUUUUUCUACCCUGUUUAAAGCAUCUAGAAAUGGAAAGUGGAGAGACUUAAAGAGAAGCAAUUGAUAUUUUUCAUGUACUUUGUUGGCUAUUAAAAGUAAAAAGCUAUAGGUCGCACAAAA